GGAAGACGUACUUGGGUUGUCGAAGUUAGGUACCACCUCGCAAGGAAGUGACGACGAGAAGGCGAGGAGAGGCGUCACCCGCUUUGGUCGUCGACGUUGGGCCCAAGGUGUACCACCGCGCAGGGAAGUGACGAGAAGGCGAGGCGUCGCCCGCCGCCGUCUCGGCGACUCGCCGUCAGCCUCGGCUCCUAUGGCACCCCCCCGCGUGCUCCUCUUCCUCAAGCCUUUCGACGUCUACCCUCCUCACCAGUACGACGGGGCCUCGGCCUCCUCCCCCACCUACUCGCCGCCGCAACCGCGCGCAGCCAACCCCAAGAUCUUAAGUUAUCUGGCUGAUAGAUGCAGGGUUCAGAAGGACACGAUUAAUCUUUGUAAGCAAGUCCUACAGCGCAAAUCCCUUGACUGGACUUCUGUGCAGCGAGAUCAUUUGUCUCAGCCAAUACGUGAUGUGGAUCUUGUAAUCGCUGUUGGUGGCGAUGGCACUCUUCUACGAGCAAGCCACUUCUUGGAUAGCUCAGUUCCUAUUUUGGGUGUUAAUUCAGAUCCUACUUGUCCGAAAGAGGUUGAUGAGUUAAUGGAUGAAUUUGAUGCAAGGAGAAGCACGGGGUAUCUUUGUGCAGCUACUGCAGUGAACUUUGAACAGAUACUUGAUGCAACCCUUGAUGGCAGUAGGUGCCCUUUGGAGCUGUCAAGGAUAUCAGUGAAACUAAAUGGAAUUCAGCUACCAACUUAUGCUCUGAAUGAUAUAUUGGUGUCACACCCCUGUCCAGCAAGUGUGUCGCGUUUCUCAUUUAGGAAAAGAAGCAACAAUGGAGAGAGCUCGUAUUUAAUUAAUUGUAGAUCAAGCGGUCUGAGGGUCUCAACAGCUGCUGGAUCAACUGCUGCCAUGCUAUCAGCUGGAGGAUUUGUGAUGCCAUUAUCAAGCCAUGAGCUUCAGUAUAUGAUAAGGGAGCCCAUUUCACCAACAGAUGCUGACAAACCACUGCUGCAUGGUUUAGUUAAGCAAGAGCAACACAUGCUUCUUGUCUGGCACAAUGAAGAAGGUGCUGUUUAUGUUGAUGGUUCACAUGUAGUGUAUUCAAUUCAGCAUGGGGAUACACUUGAGAUCUCCUCAGGUGCUCCAACCUUAAAAGUUAUUUUGCCAGAAAUUCUGCUAAAGAAGGCAUCUUACUAGUAAAGUAACAAUAUUUUGGUGAUGAUGGUUAUUGAUCUGGUAUGAUGUUUUAGGUGGGCUGAGUUCUAGAGUACUUAUGAAGUAAAAACCGAUACUUUACAUCUUUAUGUAAUGUCUGAUAGUUAAUUUAUGCUAUCAAAUGAAAUACUAUAUUGUCAAUU